CCCAACCACUCAAUAUUUGCUGCAAUGCUUUUGUGAGCUUCGAGCGGUUUUCCAUGUGUUUGGCAAACCUCACUGCAUGACUCGUCCCUAGAAAGGCCCCUCUCUUCGAACAGCACUGUGGCAUCGAAGAGCGGAGAAGAACCAACGCGAUGUCGAGCAAUAUGAAGGCUCAAAGGAAGGUGUUCGUCGAUGCGAGUACCAACAAGUGGCAGGUCCAUCGCAUAUGAGUUCAUCCUCUUAAGUUUAGUUUGCACUUCCAACACGAGUUUGGGCUGCUUAAGUGCUGCAAGUGGACGACAGCUUUGGGUUGCAAGUCGUUGACAUGCCAAGAAUUCGUCACUUUGCUGGACACCUGAAACAUGUGUUAUGGGAAACCAAGCCGAAGUGAGUCACUUCGCUCGGUAUCAUGACGUGGGAACUCAAGGAUUGAACUGAGGUCCCAAAGAGACCUUCGUUUACACAUGGGAGAUCAUGGGAGAAUAUCAGGGACAAACUCAUGUGGGAAGGCGUGUUUAUUGCUGGGGUCAAAGGGUCGAAAGGAUUGCCGAAAUGGCCUUGGUGGCAGGUGCAACAGAAGGACGAGGACGGCGAGUUUCUGCAGAUGGCCGCCCUGCAGCAAAACGUGAGGACGCUCACCAACUGCCGAAUCUUUGCUGGAGUCAUGGCUGGCUGCAUUGCUGGCCUUCUGAAGAUUGAGGGGCUACUAGGAGUUGGUGUGUUCAUUCUGGUGACCUUGAUCCAUUCCCUGAUGAUCGCAGCGAAGAUGGAAUUCGAAGUGCACAGGCACUUUCCCAAGAGCCGAGACCUCUUUGUGAGUCAGUUUGGUGGAGGGCUGCUGUCAUUCAUCCUCUUCUGGACCUUGUCCUUUGAUAUGGUCCAUAUCUUCUGACCGCCUGGCCGCUACUUCGUGCGGUCAAUGACGACCAUCCAAGCAACGAGAGUUCACUCCGGUGGAUUGUCAGAUAUGACAGAGCGUGAUACGAAAGCAGCAAUCAG